GGCCUGACCUCGGCCCCUCUGCUGCAGCUGGGCGAGGCGUCCCAGGUGGAGACCGUGUCGGAGGAGAACAGGAGCCUGGUGUGGGUUCUGCUGAAGCAGCUGCGGCCCGGCAUGGACCUGUCCCGCGUGGCGCUGCCCACCUUCGUGCUGGAGCCCCGCUCCUUCCUCAGCAAGCUCUCCGACUAUUACUGCCACGCCGACCUGCUCUCCAGGUGAGCACCACGCCAGGAGGAGGGAGCCCCGCAGCCCCUGCCUACCCCACGAGGGUUCCAGAGUCCCCCACAUGGAAUCAAGAAGCCCUACAACCCCAUCCUGGGGGAGACCUUCCGCUGCUGCUGGUUCCACCCCCAGACCAACAGCCACACCUUCUACCUAGCAGAGCAGGUGUCCCACCACCCACCAGUGUCUGCCUUCCAUGUCAGCAACCGGAAGGACGGCUUCUGCAUUAGCGGCAGCAUCACGGCCAAGUCCAGGUUCUAUGGGAACUCACUGUCAGCUCUGCUGGACGGCAAGGCCACUCUCACCUUCCUGAACCGAGCGGAGGAUUAUACACUCACCAUGCCCUACGCCCACUGCAGAGGAAUCCUGUAUGGCACCAUGACCAUGGAGCUGGGCGGGAAAGUGACCAUCAAGUGUGAGAAGAACAACUUCCAAGCCGAGCUGGAAUUCAAGCUCAGGCCUUUCUUUGGGGGCAGCACAAGCAUCAAUCAGAUCUCAGGAAAGAUUGCAUCUGGAGGGGAAGUCCUGGCAACUCUCACUGGACACUGGGACAGUGACGUGUUUAUCAAGGAGGAGGGGAGUGGAAGCGCCGAGCUCUUCUGGACCCCGAGUGGAGAGGUCCGCGGGCAGAGGCUGAAACAGCACACGGUGCGGUUUGAGGAGCAGACAGAGCUGGAGUCCGAGAGGCUCUGGCAGCACGUUACCAGGGCCAUUGGCGAGGGCGACCAGCACAAGGCCACACAGGAGAAGUUUGCACUGGAGGAGGCGCAGCGGCAGCGGGCCCAGAAGCGCCAGCAGAGCCUCACGCCCUGGGAGCCGCAGCUGUUCCGCCUGGACCCUGUCACCCAGGAGUGGCACUAUCAAUAUGAGAACCACAGCCCCUGGGACCCCAUGAAGGACAUCACCCAGUUUGAGCAAGAUGGGAUCCUGCACACGCUGCAGCGGGAGACUAUGGCCUGCCAAACCACCCUCCUGGGCAGCCCGGGGCCCAGGCAUGAGAGGCCUGGCCCAGACCAGUGUCUCCGCAAAUCCAGUGACCAGCCCUCCAGCCACAGCCAGGUCACUGAGAGCAGUGGCUCCACACCUGAGUCCUGCCCGGAGCUCUCAGACGAGGACGAGGAUGGUGACUUUGUUCCUGGCAGCGAGAGCCCAUGUCCCCGGUGCAGGAAGGAGGUGCAGCGGCUGCUGGCUGUGCACGAGGCCAUCCUGUCCAUCCAGGAGGCGCAGCAGGAGCUCCGCAGGUACCUCUCGGUCAUGCUGAGCUCUACGUCGCGGGCCGGGCAGGCUCCGGCCCCAGGCCUCCUGCAGAACCCCCGCUCCUGGUUCCUGCUCUGCGUGUUCCUGGCCUGUCAGCUCUGCAUUAACUACAUCCUCAAAUAAGAGCCCUCUGGGGGCAGCGUGGGUGUCGCCUGCAGAACUCCCACCGGCCCAAGCCCCCCUCCCAGGCACACAGCACUUUAAGCCUGUCCGUGGAGGCAGAGGGGCCCGGCAGGCACAGCCACUGUGACAGAGGGGCCUGGGUGCAGGAGGACGGCAGGAGGGACCUGGAGGCGGCAAGGUGCUGCAGGCCUGGCCAUGCCAGGCCACUUUUGGGAACACUGGCCUCUCCUGCAGGGCCCUCGCCCAGCACUGGCCUUAAUGCUAAAGCCAAAUGCAGCUUCCGUUGUGUGACGCGCUCUCCGACAUCCCCCUCAUCACUCCUAGUCCACUUCCACGUGCCACAUGGGAUCCAUGGAUUCGGGGUAGGGAGGGCCUGCAGAGGCUUUGGACAGUCACCCCCAGCAACGGUGAGUGGGAAGGUUUGAGGAGCGAGCCCGGGAGUCCCCAGGCAUCCCCAGCGGCUCCUGUACCCUGAUGCUCAGGCCUCCUUCCUGAGACCCUGCCACUGUCACCAGGGUCACCCUGGAGGGGCCUCAGGUGAGCUCCAAAGGCAGGCUGGGGCUGCUCUGGGGAGGACACUUUGGAUUUUUAUUCUGCCAUUGUGCUGUUUGGGUAAGAGCCCAGCGUGGGUGGGUUCUGGAACCUCUCCGCCACCCAUAGCCUGCUCAUGCGGCAGUGCCCCCACCCCGGGCAGGUGGGCAUGUGAGCGCGGGGGUGGCUGGGCUGGCCACGCCCACCGGUCAGGGAGGCGCAAAUUGGCCACUUUGCUCAGACCAUGCAGUCUUCCCGUUUUACACUUUUUAAUAAACAUA